AAAUCUCUCAAACAGAAAUAUUUGCAUGUUUUGCAGACAAUAAAAAUGUCACUAACAAUUUCUUUUAAAAUUUUAGUGGUGUUCGGCGAGGACGUGGCAUUCGGAGGUGUUUUUCGUUGCACGAUGGAUUUGAAGAAACGUUUCGGCGCCGAUCGUGUCUUCAACACACCUUUGUGCGAGCAAGGAAUCGCCGGUUUUGGAAUCGGCUUGGCCAACGCGGGAAUAUCGGCGAUUGCCGAGAUACAAUUUGCCGAUUACAUAUUUCCCGCUUUCGAUCAGUUGGUAAACGAAGCGGCCAAGAUGAGGUAUCGCAGCGGCAGUAUGUUCGACUGCGGCAAGCUUACGGUUCGCGCGCCUUGCGGAGCCGUCGGCCACGGCGGUCUUUAUCACUCCCAAAGCCCGGAAGCCUACUUCGCACACACUCCCGGUUUGAAGAUCGUCGUCCCUCGCGGAGCGAUGCACGCGAAGGGUCUCCUGCUGAGCUGCAUCGACGAGCCGGACCCAUGUAUCAUUUUCGAGCCUAAGACGCUGUAUCGCAUAGCGGUCGACGACGUACCCGUGGCAGAUUACAAGAUCGAAAUCGGCAAGGCCGAGAUUGUAAGGAGCG